GAGAGACCCCGCUCCGGUAGAGCCGUGGCCGGAGCUCCGUUCCAUAGUCGGUUUUUGCAUCUGACGCGCGGCGGGCAGACGCGGCCGGCCGCUGGGAGCGCGAUAUGCACGAGCGUGUCAUAUGACACGCGUGACAAGUGGUGCGCGGCCGCGGCGUUGCUGGCACACACCAGACACGAAAACGGGAGACGGUUAUCGCGCGCGGCGGUAGAAUAAAGAGGAGAGACCGAAGACGAGAGACAAAGAAAGAGGAGUAACGGAGGAGAGAUAGAGAACGAGAAAGGAAGAAGGUGGGAUAGAGGGGAGGGGAAAAGAAACGCUCUUGCGUGCGUGCGUGCGUGAGAUCAUCGGUUUAACGUUCUCCGUAGACCUAGACUGGGUACUCCCCCACGCGUUCUCGAAGCUGCGACACGGUAUACGAUACGGUAACGGCGGGUGCAAUUAUGUUACCGGCGCGACGUGGCGACGGCAUCGACGGACGACGACACGCCGCCCAGCAUCAUCACCCACGCACCGUCGGAAGACAUCUCGACGUCGUCGCGGGGCCCCGCCGCACCGCCGGAUCGCUCGCGAAUAGUUAGACCUCGAUGACUCCUCUCUUCACCUUUCCGCCCGUCCCUCGUUUCGUUCCUCGGAGCGAAAGAUUCAGAGUUGCCUGCGGGGAACACGACCGUGAUUCUCGGCAGGUUUUAGGAAUGCGGGUGCGGGUGGCGAGGGGAGGUGAUGGUCCGCGCUUGAGGUGGUCGUUCUUUCUGGUCGCAGUGGUGACGGUGGUGCGGAUCGCGGGUGCGUCUACGGACACGCUACCGUUGUCCUGGUCGUCGCGAGUAGAAUGUCCAGGCGGGUGCAAGUGCGCGGACACCGACAGCGGUGGCAGUCUGCAAUGCGCGGAGCGGGACUCCUCCGACCUGGUCUUGCCGCGAGACGUCACGAGCGUGUCGCUGAGGGAUGUCCGGGAGUUCGCGAUCCGGGCGAGCGUCUUGGAGGGUGCCACCGGGCUGCGAAGUCUGGCCUGGUCGUCGAGCGGCGUCGAGAGAGUGGAAGCCGGCGCGUUCCGCGCCACCGUGCGCCUCGAGCGAAUCGAUCUAGGUGAUAAUCGGUUGGCCGACUUGCCGUCGGACGUCUUCCAUCCAUUGCAUCAACUCCAGUACCUGAACCUCACCGGGAACCGGCUGGUCGCGCUGCCGCAGCAGCUGUUCCGCCAUCUGAACCGCCUUUAUGAGAUCCGUCUGGCGGCGAAUCUGCUCUCGGUGCUGCCCUAUCAGGCGUUCGCGCCCGCCAAGGAGCUCGUGCGGCUCGAUCUCAGUCGUAAUCGGCUGGUCUCCCUGCCGGAUCACAGCUUUCAGCCGAAUCGGCAGCUGCAGGAGCUGCGACUGUCCGGCAACCGGCUGACGAAGCUGCCGUCGCGGCUGUUCUCCGGCUUGACGCAACUGAAAGUGCUCGAUCUCGCCGACAACGCGAUCGACGCGUUGCCGCGUGGCCUCUUCAGCGACCUCACGGCCUUGGAGUACCUCGAUCUCGGGGGUAAUCCGAUCGUGCGUCUCGCGGACACCGCGUUUCAAGGCCUCGCCAGCUUGCGAUGGCUCGAUCUGAGUCGUUUGCCGAUCUCGUCGCUGCCCGGUGACGUCUGGCGACCUGUCAGCAGGCUGAGGACCCUCCUGCUAUCCGGGACCAAACUGGAGAACCUUCGGAACAAGAAUCUGGCCGGUCUGGCCGAGUUGGAGACCCUGGAAAUCACAAACGGCACGUUACGGGAGAUCGGCCAAUUGACUCUGAACGAGACCCCGUCCCUGCGUAGAAUCGACCUGCGCGACAACGACUUGACUUUCCUGCCGGCGAACGUGGCGAAUCUACCGUUCCUGGACGAGUUGCACUUGCAGGGCAACUCGUGGGCCUGCGACUGUCGUAUGUUUUGGUUCGUCAAGUGGGCGGAGAGCAGGGCACAUCUGCGUGCGGCUUUCCAGAGCGGGCUCAAGUGCGGCCACGAAAGGGGCACCGUGGACAUCCUGCAGACGUUGCGCUACCUCGAAUGCAGCCCGCCGAUUCUCGUGCGGACUACCAAAACGCAGCAAUAUCUCCUUCUGAGUUCGGUGCUGUUGGAAUGUGAGUUCAGCGGCAAUCCCGCGCCCUCCUUGACCUGGGUGACCCCGAGCGGUCUGGUGCUCCAUUGGGUGCCGGAUCCAACCUUCCCCGACGCCUUCGUCGAACAUCCGAAGGUGCACAGCUGGCUGACGGAUCGGCCAGUCGUCAAUGAUAACCGCAUUAGCGUCCUAGAGAACGGCUCUCUUUACAUCGCGACGCUGUUGCGGCAAGAUGUGGGCAAGUACAAGUGCACGGCGGUCAACCCGAUUGCCAAUGAGACCGUCUACAUAACGCUGGAAAUGGAUCCGGUUACCUUGCACAAUAUCAAGAUCUUUAGCAUCCUCGUCGGCGCGAUUUGCGCCGUGACGUUUCUUCUGAUGACGUUAGCGUUGCAGCUGCUGCGAUACAUCUUCGUGAAGUGCGGAUGCAUCAAGUGGUGCCUGUGCUGCAGACGCGUGGGCGUGACGCCACGGGCUAAGCAGAUCUACCAGAUGCUCGACAACAUCGAGCAGUACAAGAGUCAGCAGCUCGAAAGACUGAGGGAGAACUACACGCAGCAGGUACACAGAAUUAAGGACAAUUGCGUUCAGCAAGUGGAAUGGAUCCGCGACAGUUACGAGGGUCAAAUGCAGCAUAUACGAGACAUACGGGACUACGGUACCACUCACCUGACCGCGCUGAGAGAUCAGUACUACGAUCAGGUGAAAAGAGUGCGGGACUAUUCCACCAGCCAGCUGAACUGGGUGCGCGAGAAUUACGUCUUCCAACGGAACAAGAUCCGCAAGUUCAGCGCCCAUCAGGUGUUGCGGUUACGCGAGAGUUACAAGUACCAGCAACAGACACUGUCCAAGGUGCUGGAGAACCUGCCCAAUCUGUACUUCGAUAAUUGCCGGAGCGGCUCGUGUGGCAAGAGCGACUCCAUGGUAUUCGAUCCUACCAAGGACGACUUCGAGAAUAUGAACACCUAUUUCAAGGCAAAGAUCGACGAUCUGGUGGCGGGAGCGAGUCUGGAGGACGUCAACAGCGAGUAUUACACGCCGACCGAGCUAUCGUCGACCAGCCCGCAAGGCCAGAACCCGUUGGAAGGUAUUCAUAUCAAUUACAUCGAGGAAAGCGGCCCACCGCCGCCUCUGGGACCGCCUACAGUGUUCCCUGCUUCGGUGAUACUGCAAUGUAUCGACGAAUACGCCAGCACAGUGUCCACAUACAAGAACAACGAGCAUGACAAGCCGAUCUUCAAAGGCUCCAACGGUACAGUCUUGGCUAAGGAGCCCCGGAGAAAGACACCGGAAGUCUUGGGGCUUUUAGCACCUAGCAACAGUCUACCUGAUCUUCCACGCGAGACUAAACUCUAGCCGACAGAAAUUAAAGCGCGUUAAAGUGGCCAAGAAUGGGUUCCUACUAUCAUUUAAGUUAUCAGAAACAUAAGGGGGAAGAGAUUGUUCUCGGACAAUCAACGGCAGUGGAGCGUAAUGGAAGGAUCAUCGCCAUCCUGCGUCUGAUAAGUAGGAAUCGCGUCUUCGAUAUCGAGGAUAUCGCUUGAAGCUUCUUCCGCUUUUCAUUAUACGACUGAUUCGAGGAGAGUGCCCUAGAAAAGACAGUUCGAGAAGAACUCGUGUCAAGUGCCAAGAAACAGGAGAUCCUUCCUCUGUCGAGAUUGCAAGGACAAGUGUGUGCGUGUGCUAAUCUAGGAGAACAAAAACAAAUUAACGGACAGUUUCCAAGGAUUCUCUUGAUAUGGUCGACCUUGCAACCUGUCCGUCUCUCGUUAAGCAACGUGUGCUUUUUCAUCAGUGUCAUCGUUUUUGGGUGACUACCAUCAUCCGAGAGGAUAAAGAGAAAGACGCGAAUUGCAUUUCGCGUCCUCGUCGACUCGGCUGUAAAUUUAAUUUCCUUUUAAAAGCGCGACGAGGAAGAAAUGUAACUUCGCCUAGUUGUCAAUUCCAUGAGUCUUGAGGUUGCGAUUUCCGUAAGGAAUCAUUCUCAAUCCUUCCUGUAAAUAGGCGUGAAACUUUUAUGUAUCAGUGAUACCGCGAGAAAAAGUCGGAUUAUCCUCUCAUUGCGAAAGACUGAGGCGGCGAGAUCGACACGCCAGCAAUCGUCCGUUUGUUUUUCGUCUUCUUCGUCUCGAUUUUCUCGUGAACAAAAACCGGCGAAAAACCUCGGCGUUCGAUCGUGCUCGCGUCCUUUCUUUUCUUCCUUUUUUUUUUAACCGCUUGUGUUUAGCGCAGUAGGUUACAUAUUGUUCGAGACAUAGAAGUAUAUGCCUAUCGAAGAAAGAAAAAAAGGAAACAUACCAGAAAAUAACCAACGUACGUACUUAAUUUUUUAAUCAUUACAGCAAUAUAUCUCCAACCAGUCGGGCUUAUCAUUCGCGCGGAAAAUAAUUAAAGGGAGAAGAAAUUGUAAUAAAGAAAAAUUAUAUUGGCUGUUAGAUCUUUCGACCUAAGGCAGCGUUUCAGAGAAAGAAAAUUGUAUGUACGGAUUUAGUUGCUCUUAUACAAAUUUUACAAGAUGCGCCCCUUUGUUGAAUAAAUCCUGACGAAUCGUCGCCAA